AUGACAAAGGCAUCGUGGAAGAAGGUCAUCGAGACGUGCGUUGGGAAGAAGCCACCGGCGAGGCGGUGGAAGAGCUCAUCUUCUUCAGCAAGCGCACCGCCGUCCCCAACUGCCCGGCUCUCACUGUCCACCCAGCUUACGGACCUCACGUGAGUACAGGCAAAGUACAGGGCAAAGAGAAAAGCCGAUGUGGGUUGCGCCGCCACAUCCAAGAGUUCGUAGAGAGAAUCCCUGGCUGGGUUUGUUGCACGACAUUGCUCAGUCCUAUAAUUUGGUUCCUGAGUUUGAGAUUACCUUGGAGGGCAUUAAUCAUAGACCGGAGACCAACAACAAGCUGGCAACGUUUGUGACGAUCGGCAGUACCGAAGAAUACUGGAUGAGGCUGGAUGCUGCUGAAGUCAUUGCUCAAUUGGGCUGGAAAGGUCUUGGGCUUGGAGGAGAGCCUGCAGUUGGGAACUGGAGCAGGUAUACGCUCGUGCUUCAACUGAUGUUACAAGAAAUUAGCCUUUCUUUGGCAAUAUCAUUUCGAGGCUGUUUGUAUGACUUUGUGACUGAAUUCAACACUCUGUAGAUGUGUUUUUUUCCUAUCGAAGACUAUUCAGGAAGCAGUAUAACUUCUGUGUUUCUUUACAAAAGAUAUUCACCUCCCUCUUAGAUGUGAAAUGCUGAGUACAGGAAACUGAGACAGCACAAGUGCUCAUGACUGUAAACAUUAGUCCUUUCUUGCUAAGACCAUGAUAUUAUAUAUUUGCCUCUGAUACUGUCUCAGGGAUGUUGCUUAGAAAAAAGUCUUGCUUGGGAUAUGGAGAUUGUCCAAUAAGAUGUCUUUGAACUUUUCAAUCGUCCUUAAUGCUACAAUCUCUUAUGUUUUCAUGUGGUUCAUAUCCUUGAAUGCGCUACCUGUUCUGAUUAAAGAUAUAGACAGAAGAAAGAUAAGAUAUUUUCAAGUUGGAACGUCCCAAGCAUUUUAGGCGCUCAAGGUGUUUGAAGUUACAUAGCAUUUUCACGAUAAUUUCGGGGAAGAUCCUCUCCAGUCAAUACCAGUUAUCAAGACUUUUGAGUCUCCUCCCGCCGGCCGCAACGUUGGUGACACAUCUUGAUCAUAAGAUUUCUAAGAGCUGGCAGAAAAAUAUGAUCACAGCAUUCUUAGCUGACCACAACAUCGAAACCGGCAAGCCGAAUGAUAUCCUGUAAUUAUAAAGUACAGAGAACUUAGCUCCAGAAGCUGUCAAUGGAUGCUGAAUAAAGCAGGGUGAAUUAUGAAAGGGUUGAAAAUAGGACUCACUAAUGGUGUUCAUGAGCCAUCAGUGAUUUAAGGAAUUAGCAGUAUCUAUAAUACAUGAAAAUGUUAUGUACGUUACUCAAGUAAUGGACAAGACGAAACUCACGUUAUGAACUCUUUGAUAAAUUCUCAUGGUUGA